AACCUCCCGUAUUUAGAGCUUACGCUGUGUGAGUUGUGGUGUUGGUACAACUAUGAAGGGGUUAUCGAUCGAUAGCGGUGUACGUGCCAUUUUUAGUAGGCGCAAUGGCCGUGGACUGGUUAACAUCAUGCUUUUGUUGUAGAGGAGUAUAUCCGUAAUGGUGGUUCUGCGAUUUCUACUCAGCGAGCAUUUCGCAUCCGGUUCAAACUUGGCCGACAUGAUUCUGUUCGGGAUAGAAAAACAAUGCUCGUUUGGGUGUCCAACUUUAAAGAAACGGGUUCUGCACUGAAGAAAAAACCACCUGGCCGACCUUUGACCAUAACAACACCGGAAAAUGUCGCACGUGUGAGGGCGUCCAUUCAUAAAUCUCCAAGGCGUUCAGCAGUUAAACAUACAGCUGCCCUGGGACUUUCUGAUAGGAGUGUAAGAAGAAUCUUGCACAGAGAUCUUCAUAUGCACCCAUACAAAAUAAUGAUUACACAAGCACCAAGUGAGAGAGAUUUUGAAACUCGUAAAGCGGUAUGUGAAGACAUUCUUCAGAACAUUCCCGCUGGUAAUGUUUUGAUUUCGUCUGAUGAGGCCCACUUCCACUUGUCUGGUAUUGUUAAUAAACAAAAUUACCGCUACUGGGCAGUAGAAAAUCCUCAGGAACUUCAUCAACGGCCACUUCACAGCCCAUAUGUGACAGUUUGGUGUGCAGUAUCUGAUUUUGGUGUGUUGCCGGACCCUGUAUUUCCACUACCAACACUAGAUCAUACAUUGGAAAAAUCUCCGAAAACAUUAAGGUGCAAAUCAUGUUACAGCUUGCUGGUGACAAAAGAAGUUUAACAGUAUAAAUUCUCGGAAUAAGAAUUUGCGCGCAUACGUAUAACGUUUUAUACUUUUUUUAUACGUUUGAAUUUAAUAUCGUGUACCCGACAGACAUUAUGCCCAAUUGCGAUUGGGGCCGUCCAUGUUGUUGUAGCGACUGUACCUCGAUAACAUACAUUAAAAAAUGUUCACAUUGCGAUAUUGAGACUACUGAUUUGAUCGGGGUUUCGAAUUACACAGUUGAUCAUAAAGGUAUGUCUGGUUAUGAUAAAAAAGCUUUGUGCAAAACCUGUCAUGAAAAAUGGUCAGAAAAACAAAAAUCUAUGGAAUUAAAAAAACAACAACGACGAAAAAUCGAGGAUGAAAAAAGACGUGAUUUUAUGAAUCAUUUGGAGCGAUCGCAACAAACAAACGAUGGUCAAAUGGUUCCGAUCAAACAAUUGUACCGAAAACUGGGUGUAGAAUCGUCAGGACGUUUCAACGACAGCUUUGUGAGCAGAUUACCGAUAAAAUUUAAAAAAAUAAAAAAUAGAUACUAUUGUUAUAAAACUGUCGUGGAUAAUUUUAAUAUUGAAUUAUAUAAUAAAUAUAAAUCUGCAUAAACUCUAAAUAUAAAUGCGUGCAUGUAACUUAUAUCAAAUAAACAUAAAUAUACCUAUAUAA